UCCUACCCUUCAUCUAGGGCUCCAUCUCCAACCCGCCGCCGCCGCCAGAGCGCCCUCCGUUCACCUCGCCGACCGAAGCGCCUCCGCUCCACCGCCGCAGCAGCCAUGGGUAAGGUGCACGGAUCGCUGGCGCGUGCCGGGAAGGUGCGGGGCCAGACGCCCAAGGUGGCGAAGCAGGACAAGAAGAAGCAGCCGCGCGGCCGCGCCCACAAGCGCAUCCAGUACAACCGCCGCUUCGUCACCGCCGUCGUCGGCUUCGGCAAGAAGCGCGGCCCCAACUCGUCGGAGAAGUAGUAGAUCCAGCCGGUCUCGCGCCACCCCUCCUUUUUUGUUUGUUUGUUUGUUCACCAGUAGCUUUCGAUCCGUUCGCGUAUGCAUGCUAAGAAGAAGACCUAAUCAAGUGUCUGUAAUUGACUGUUGUGUUGGUAAUGGAAAUCUCACUGCUUUGUCCAGUUAA